AUGCCUACCUCCGUGCUGGAUAUCCCGACUUGGCAGCGUCCCGCUCCGACGCAGGAGAAGCUCGAGUAUGCCGAACUCGCACGCAUUGACUUGAGCAAGUGGCCGGAGCGAAAGGACGAGUUGGUCGAGGACUUGCGACAUGCUGUGACGGAGGUCGGGUUCUGGCUCGUCGAGAAUACCGGAAUCACGGACGAAGAGGUGGUCCGGCAGCACUCGAUCGGCAACGCCUUCCUCGACCUCCCGCUCGACGAGAAGCGCAAGCACCCCUGCAACUUCGCCGAGGGCAACUUCUUCGGUUUCAGGGAAGGGUUCCGGAUUAUGGGCAACUCGGGCGUCAAGGACAACUCUGAAGCCCUCUGCCUCCCGAAGAUCGUCCCUUCGCUCGCACACGAGUUCCCCGCCUACGACUUCCUCCAGCCCUUCAAGCCCGAGAUCGAGUCCUUCCAACGAAAGGUACACGAACGCGUACUCGACCCGCUUCUGAGGCUGUUCGCGUUAUUGCUAGAGUUGCCGGAGGAAUACUUUGCUGCGGCCCAUGCGUGGGACCGUCCGACGGAGGAUCACCUGCGCUAUAUGCGCUACAUUCCUAACCCGCGCGAGGUGGACGAAAAGUUGCCGGACAAGCAGUACCUCAACGGUCAUACCGACUUUGGGAUCGUUACUCUGCUGUUUGCGCAGGUCGUGCAGGGACUGCAAAUCCUGACGGGCGAGAACGAGUGGAAACACGUCCCGUACAUCCCCAACUCGAUCGUCGUCAACACCGCCGACAUUCUCUCCUUCGCGACCGCCGGCUGGCUCAAGUCGACUAUCCACCGCGUCAUCCGCCCCCCGGAGGAUCAAGCGACUGUCCCUCGUCUCGGGCUUUUCUACUUCUCCCGCGCAGCACACGACUGGCCCACCGGCGUCGUCGCGCCUUCACCCGUCCUCGCUCGACUGGGAUUGUACGACCCCUCUGCGCAACCUACGAGCCCCGUCUCCGGUCUCGAGUUCACUCGAGCCCGGGUCAAGCAUAGUUGGGAUAGGCCGGUUUAUGGAGACGACGAGUUCAACAAGGGCUUCGAGUUCAAGGGGUUGAGUGUCAAGACGCAUUAUGAGAAGUAG